AAGCAGCAUUUGAGCUGAAGCACAAUCAGUAAAGAACAACGUGUACCCUUACUGGAGUACAAACCUCGGCUACUGUAGCCUGCACGGCACCUCCCUGACAGGUACAGGGAUCCCAUGUGUGGACUCCUCCACCCCGGGGUAUCCCCUUUAUCUGGAGCUGGGGCGGCCUGACCCCGCCCUGUCUGCCGGCUCCUCCUGCCGCUGUCUCUCCAUCUUUCUUUCAGUGCGUGAAGAUGGCGCCGAUUGAGGCCAGCAAAUCCCGGAGACGGGCCGCUAACCUCCCGGCAGCGGCGGCGGCGCAGGGCAAGUGUGCGGGCGCCGGGGAGAGUGAGCAGCAGCGGAGGAGGCGAGGGGCGACCGGAGAGGGAGAGGAGGAGGAGGAAGAGAACAACCUGUGGUCCUCCAUCCUGAGUGAAGUGUCCACCCGCUCUCGGUCCAAGUUGCCAUCCGGGAAAGCCGUGCUAGUGACGGGAGAAGAUGGAUCUGGUAAAACCACUUUAAUAGCAAAACUACAAGGAGUGGAGGACUACAAGAAAGGACGAGGAAUGGAGUUCUUGUACCUGGAUGUUCAUGAUGAAGAUAUUGAUGAUCACACUCGCUGCAAUGUUUGGAUCUUGGAUGGUGACACUUACCAUAAGGGUCUCCUGAAGUUUGCAGUUACCACUGAUAAUGUAAAAGAUACUCUACUUAUGCUGGUGGUGGAUAUGUCUCGGCCUUGGAUGGUUAUGGAUUCAUUACAGAAGUGGGCCAAUGUUGUUCAAGAACACCUUGACAAAUUGAAAAUACCACCAGAGGAAAUGAAAGAAAUGGAACAGAGUUUAGUGAGACAGUUUCAAGAAUAUGAAGAGCCGGAUAAAGAAAUACCAGUAUCUCCACAGCGGAGAAGUACGGUGUCACAAGAAACGAAUGAAGAAAGUGUGGUGUUGCCUUUAGGCACUAAUACACUUACACAUAAUCUUGGCAUUCCAGUCCUAGUAGUUUGCACUAAGUGUGAUGCAAUAAGUCUACUGGAAAAGGAACAUGAUUACAGAGAUGAACACUUCGACUUCAUUCAGUCACACAUUCGAAGGUUUUGCCUUCAGUAUGGUGCUGCACUUAUUUAUACUUCAAUAAAGGAAAAUAAAAAUAUUGAUUUAAUGUAUAAGUACCUUGUCCAUAAGUUAUAUGGAUUUCCUUUCCAUUCACCAGUACUGGUUGUAGAAAAAGAUGCAGUAUUUAUUCCUGCAGGAUGGGACAAUGAAAAGAAAAUAGGAAUUUUGCAUGAAAAUUUCCAGUCGUUAAAAGCUGAUGACAAAUUUGAAGAUGGCAUUAUGAAGCCUCCAGUAAGAAAGUUUGUACAUGAAAAAGAAAUUUUAUCAGAAGAUGAUCAAGUCUUUCUUAUGAAACAACAGUCUUUCUUAGCAAAACAGCCACCUCUUUCAACUGGAAGACCACUAGAUUCCUCAACAAGAGUUGCUGGAGGUUCUCCAAGAACACCAAGCCGAUCUGGAAGUGCCAAUGUUGUUAACGUAACUCCUAUUCCCACAGGAAACAAAAAGAUUGAUCCCAAUAUAAAAGGAGCUGCAAGUGAAGGUGUUCUGGCAAAUUUCUUCAACAGUCUUCUGAGCAAAAAGACAGUCUCUCCUGGAGGAGGUGCUGGUAAUUUACAGGGUUCUGUAAAGAAAGGUGGUCAUAAACCCGUGUUAACAGAUGUACAGGCAGAACUGGACAGAAUUGCACGCAAGCCAGAAGCUGUAUCUCCCACUCAUACAUCCAUAGCAGAAGAUAAAGCAUCCUGAAGAAAAGCUAUUUGUGCGAUUCUUAAUACCAUAUUGUUGGCUUUGCCUUUCCUCUUUCCUUCAGAACAUGUAAUGAGGAUCAUAGGCUGUUUUUGAAGUAUACUGGACUACUACGUUCGAUGAAUUUGUUCGUUGUAUGUACAGAAACUAUUGAGAGGGAGUUUGCUGCAAAAAUGAUUCUAUUUGAUGUGUUUUCUGAGGAAAAUAAUGAGAUGAAUUUAAUUAUUGGACUUUGCAUCUCUUUGUUCAAAUAAUGCUAAUUUGCAGCCAGUUUUGGCGAGUUAUUUAUAUUUCCCAGGUGUUCAAUUGGGAAAUGUCAGAUUCAAAUCGUAACUAUGGUGCCUAAAACAAAGUAUCUAGAUGUUUUGCUGGCUAGAGGCAUAGCAGGAAUCCAGGCUAUUUAAAUAAACUUUUCACAAACUUGCAUCACAAAAAUACUGCCUCAAAAAUGAAUUGCUGGUGGCCAAAUUUAAAAAGUGUGCUGAACAGAAGAACUCUUUAAACAGCCUGAACAAUAUGGUGAAAUGCCUAAUUUUUGUAUGGUAGCCUGUUAAUUGUAAACUGCAGUGUUAAAAUUGGAGAAAGGGGGCAGUGGUCAGUCACCCAAGGAAUGUACGUUACCUCAACUUGAACUCUUCAUCCUGUGUUCCAGUUGUUAUAUGGUACUUCCUUCACUCAGUUUUCUGUCUGGUUUCUGUAUUGUGCUGUUUCUAACUACAGAAAGAUGUAAGGAUUGUAAUCCUUCAAUAAAGUUGUAUUUAUUCUCUUCAACA